CCCACCUCCCACCUAAACACCGCCCACAAUGAAUCUUAUCGCCUACUCCGACUCGGAAGAGUCCGCCAACGAAGCGCCAUCCGCACCGAAGCCCGCGGCAAAGCCAGCGUCGAAGCCCGCCUUCCAGAAAGUGGUCGACCGCUCGAAGCCAGGCAAGAUCAAGCUCAACCUGCCCGGCGCAUCACGAACACAGCCGGAGAAGGAUGACAUAGAGGCCGAGGCUCCUCCGGCAAAGAAGGCGCGCACAGGAGGGGGUGCUUUUAGUGGGUUCAACGCCAUGCUGCCAGCGCCGAAGAAGCCAGCCCCAAGUGCGGCUGCCGGAGGGGCGACAUCUGGGAAAAGGGGCCUGGGCAAGGGCUUGGGCGCAGGAGUGAAUCUUAAGACGGGCGCGGAGCCGGCAUUCAAGCGGGAACCUAAGGUUGCGGAGGACGAGUAUGAUGAGAACGGCAACCCAGUCAAGAAAGAGCCCAUGCAGAAGGAGGAUUUCAGGGCUCUGCUGAAUCUGCCUCCACCGAAGACCGAGACAAAGAUCGAAAGCGCGCCCCUGCAGAAGCCGGACCUUGCACAAGCGGAGCAGCCGCCGGAGGUCAAGCCGGCUGCGAAACCCAAGUUCGUGCCAAUGUCGGUCUCUCGUGGGAAGAAGAAGAAACCAAUGGUACCGCGACCUGCGGUUGCAGCCCCGGAAGAGGGCAAGCCCGGAACAGCAUCUGCUCUGAAGUCAUCAACAGGAGAGCCAAAAGGCCCCGCUAAGCCCAAGGUGUCGCUAUUUUCUUUAUCGCAGGACGCCGAAGCGCCGACGAGGAGCCAAGCGAAUGGUAGCUACCAGCCACUCCUCUACGGUUUCGAGGAGGAGGAUGAUGACGAUGCGGCUCGUGCAGACGGAGCCUUUGAAGCACAAACUACACACCAGACUACACAAGAUGCGUCUUCAGUCAGCCAGCGCACACCCGGAGCAUCAAACGAUCUAGCCAAUAUCGCCUCCGAGCUGAAUCUCUCAGAAGCAGAGCGGCGGCAGCUCUUCGGUCGCAAGGGCCACGGCCCCGACCUCUCCGCCGCAAAGAUUACCGAGUUCAAUACGGAUACCGAAUACGCGCACAACGAGAUGUUGCGGCAACAGGGCGAGACCGUCCAGCACAACGCGCUCAAGUCCAUCACUGGUACCGGCAAGAACAGUCUGCGGAGCUUGGUCAACGUCGCGACAACGCAAAAGGAUGCUCUCGAGGAGCACUUUGCGCAAGGCAGGCGGAACAAGAAAGAGGCGGGGAACAAGUAUGGCUGGUGAUCCCUGCAGCAGCAGUCCAUUAGCUUCAACGCUUGCACUCAGUAGCUUAAUGCUUGCACUCAGUAACUAGUGGAGCUAUGCUGAAUGCCAAAGUAGUAUAUCAGCUCACUCGAACGC